AUGGACCAGAAUAGUAAAAGGAGAUCGACAUAUCAACAGCGGUUUUUAUCGUUUCAAUUCAACAUCGGAGAAACCAUCACACGCAGCAAAUAUUAUGGAUCAGGUCGCUGUACACAAUAUGUUUCCCUCGACACUGAAGCUCAAACUAGCGAAGAUAAACAAGAGCAGGUUGCUGGAACACAGCUGGAAUCGACUGCAUCGAAACCACAGCGAAUAAUUCAACAAACCAACGUCGAAAGUGACAAAAACAACAUAUCUGACCAGAGGUGGCGGAAACAGUCAAAGUAAGUGAGGAUAGUGCAGACAACGGAACAGCGGGUCAGCGGCUCGUCCUAAGCGAAAUGCUAAACCCUCUUUAAAAUCAAUUGAAACUCUAAUACAAACAGACUCAACAAAAUUAGAAAGACUAUGGGAUAGGGUGAUGGCUGUUAUAUCACAGAAUAGAGAUUUACCUGAUUCUAUUGAUCAGAUUCGAACAGCUACAAAGGAAGUAAAUGCAAUAUUUCACCAGUACCAAACAACAUGGUUGUCGUAUAUGGAUUUUUUGGUACAUGGGAAUACAACAGAAUGCAAAGGUGAGCGAGAGACAAUGGACAGUAUUAUGAAUAAUCGUAAACAGUUUCUCCAAACCGUAUUGAUGGAAUUUGAGGAACGCAAGAAAGAUAUUCUCUUAGAGAUGGGGUCGAGACUGUCAAGUUCUCGUGCAUCGUCAGUUCUUCUGCAGCACUUCGGGCUCAGGCCCGAGCCGAAGUAGCAGCAGCCAUCAAAAAAGUGGAAAUGCAAAAACGAAGAUCUUCAGUUGAGUUUCAGUCCAUUUUAUUAAUCCAUCAGCAGGAGGUGGCUUUAGCCCGAAAGAAGACAGAGGAACAAGACCGUAUGGAAAAUUUUCGUCUCGAGGAAGAAGCUGCAAUAGCCAUUGCAAGGGCCGAAGUUAUUGACCACGAACUGGGACCUGGUAUUCGAUGCGACGAGUUACAAGAAAUAGAGUUGCCUGAAGUAAGUUCUAGUAAUCUCUGAACACUGUGAACAGUAUCUCAACUUUAAUCAAUACUUAGAGAGGAACCAAUAAUCAACAGGUACCCCUACUCAACCCCCAUGUACCACCAGCUCAUCAACAGGUACCCCUAGUCAACCCCCAUGUACCACCAGCUCAUCAACAGGUGCCCCUAGUCAACUCCCAUGUACCACCGGUUCCUCAACAGGUACCCCUGGUCAACCCCCAUGUACCACCAGCUCAUCAACAGGAACCCCUAGUCAACCCACCAGUUCCUCAACAGGUGCCCCUAGCCAACUCCCAUAUACACCAGUUCCUCAACGGUGCCCCUAGUCAACAACCAUGUACCACCAGUUCCUCAACAGAUACCUCUACUCAAUCCCCAAGUACCACCAGUUCCUGGUCAACCCCUAUCCUGAACCUUCAGCACCCCAAAGUCAGCCAACACCAUGUCCUAGAAACUUUAACCCUUCAGCAACGGAAUUUCAUCCUGAGAACCGAGGUCAACCCUCAGUACAGAUUUUAUGAGGUCAUAUGUAGAUUUUAUGGCCAGAAGGGAGUUGAUCGCUAA